AUGUCAACACUCUUGAAAUCAGUUUCUGCAUUGAAACCAUUAUUUGACCGAGUUUUAGUGCAAAGGUUGAAACAAGAAGCUAGAACAGCAUCCGGUAUUUACUUACCAGGGACUGAAAAGGAAAAGUUGAUGCAAGCUAAGGUUAUUGCAACUGGACCAGGAUAUGUUAAUAACAAUGGUGAUUUGAUUCCAACUUCUGUUAAACAAGGCGAAGAAGUUUUGAUUCCAGGAUUCGGUGGACAAAGUAUUAAAGUUGGUGAAGAAGAGUUUUUGCUUUUCAGAGAUUCGGAAAUUUUAGCUAAGGUAUCUAAAGAAUGA